AUGUCUGAUAAUAUCCCAGGCUCACCUGUGCCUACUGGUACCUCUGAGCGUACAAGGCUCCUAAAUACAUCCACCACGAGCUACAGCACUCGCGAGAAAGUGCAUCAAGAAUCCUCCACUACAAGCCAGACGGUGAUCACUAUGGGCACUUCAUCUCAGGAGAGCCAUCAUCACUUUCUGAAUGGCAAUGGAAAUGCUACUCUUACUACCACACGUCAUUUGUAUAAUAGUGUCAUCUCGGCUGGACAACCCGCUAUUCCCACACAUCAGCUCACUGAAAAGAUUCAAGAUAUCUUGGUGUUUAGCGAGAUCAAGAAGAAGCAGCAAGAGCGUGCCUUGCUUGAUGAAAAGAAGCAGAAACGCAAGGAAAAGCAAAGCCAACGCAGUGAUGCCGCUGUACCUGCGCCCUCUUCUAACAGUAGCAGCAGCAGCAGUAGUAGCAGCAGCGACAGUGAUAGUGAUGCUGGCAGUACACGCAUCUUGCUCAAAAAGAAAUUGAGUGAAUGGUCCAUUGAUGGCAAUAAAUCGACUAAAUCUGAUCAAGGUGGCAAGCGCUUAAGAAGGCGAGAUUUUGCGGUGGAUGCUCUCAAAUUUGCCACUGACAAAUGGAAGAUAAAGCACGGGUGGGCAACAGGGAGCAACAACAGUUCUUCCGCUAGCUUGCUUGCCAAUGGAGAAAACAGCACUGCAACGGCAACGACAACUACGACGACUACUUUGCUCAAUAAUGGCCAUGGCAAUUCGACAUCUCAUGGUGGUGAUGGGGUUAAUGUAACUGUUGUGAAACAAAAGAAGCAAGGAGAAGGGAUCCCCUCAUCCGCUGAAAGCGUAUUUGAUGUAGCCAAAAACGCUUCCGUCUGUGCCGUUUUGGCCCUGUUACACGAACGUCGGCAAUCUUCCGGUCAUUCUGUCGAAACUGAUGUAUCGCUGCAGUCGUUGGCCUUGUCUACUUUAAAUAUUGGUCUCAAGGUACAGGAUAAGUCUGUCUCCCAUGUUGUCUUGUAUGAAAUGUUAACAAAUAAGUGGCUCAAUAACAAAUCAGCUUUGGAAUGGGCUGUGGAAAACGACAGUCAAUUGAUUCUGAAUGAUGUACGCGUUCAGCGUGUGAUUGAGGAUCUGUGGCGAUCAGGUCCCAAUUGGCGUCAGGACCCCAAACAUCCAAGCAACAUUUGGGUGCACAAUUCAGGGGUAAAAGCCAGUGAGGAGCCUCCUAAAAAGAACUUUGCAUGGUUUGUUAUUUGGCGUACAUUUGUCGACUUUUUAGCUCGUUGGCCGAGUGCAAGGUACCAGACUCUGCUUGCCCUGUUCUCUGCCUUGAUCUACCUGGCUUUCCACUUGGCUACCGUUUCCAACAUUGAAUACACCUCAGAUACUCCCUUCUCGUACGAGUACAUUUACUAUGUUCUUGUCGUCUCCGAUAUGCUUGCCGAGCUCUUCAAACUAUGGGUACAGCCCUUUACAUACCUCAAAAAAAUUUCGUCAUACAUCUCUCUGCUUACUGUUGGCCUCUUGAUGUCCUCCUUUAUUAUUCGAUUUUUUACCUUGCUUGUCGUCGAGAGUAUUGAAGAUGAAUAUUACUUUCUCAAUUUCUCAUUCAUCCUGUUGAUUCUGGCUACUCCUUUGAUGUUCUUCCGUGUCUUCACAACGUCCUCUGACUUGUGUUGGAACACUGCAAAGACCAACUACGUUUUGCAUCAAUGUUUUGUCAACAGCCUUUGGGUGCUUGCUCUUGGUAUUUUUGUCAUUAUUGGUUUCUGGGUCGCUUUGGGUGCAUUGCAGUUCAACGAUAUUCAUCCUCUGGCCAUGUUGCGUUUGUUGAUCCUAGGUGCUCUCCAUGCACCCGAGAUUGGUGACACUCUAUUUUAUCAACCUCAAGUAGCUGGUCUUUUGCUUGCUGUGUAUCUCUUUUUGACAGUAGUCAUUCUUGGAUCACUACUUACUGCUUCAUUCUUGAGCACGAUUUUGGAAAUCAACACUCGCAUUGAUACUGUGAAGCGCAACUGGGUUAUCAAUCGCUGCCUCAAGUCUAGUCCUAUAUUGAACGCCUUUAUUCCAAGCAUUAUGAUUGAUCUGAUCUUUGGUGUCAUUCGCUGGUUCGCUCGCGUGGUGUUCAAAUGCCAAUCGCCUGUUGUUUGGGUUGAAAAGGCACAUCAAGUACUCUGGUACAUUAUUUAUUCUCCCAUCAUCUUGUUAGUAGGAUUGUAUGAAUUGGUAACCACAUUGCUCUUUCGCUGGAAGUUGGUUACAAAGGCGUUCCGUCGAGAUACUGUUGAAGUAUAA